AUGGAGUGCCCGCCUACCAAAUACUCAAUGUUCUCACAGCAGUUCUUUGUGGCCGGGUCCAGGGAGAGUCUGGGAUUGCGUCGAGCACGCGCGACUUUCAUGGACCCGCGUACGCCUCGUAUCUCGGACGAGCUGUACCCACGCGGUGAGACUUUUUGUUGCGCCAAAGCGGCGGCGUCUCCACGCGAUAUUCGCCAGUCUCGCGACUCCUUUCUGAGCUCAGUAUCAACAGCGUCAUCUUCGAGGAUCUCGUCGCCACUACCGCAGGAUAUUCGAAUUCAGGGUUGGAUGUACUGGGCCCGUCGCGAAGACAGCACCGCCCAAGAAGCGGAGCGGUACACGAAGGUUUACGCCGUACUACGCAACGAGUUCCUCUUGCUCUACCGUAACGACCAACGUCCGUCCAAGAAGGUGAGACCGCUGCCAUUAGUGCAAAUCGCUGUGGCUAGCUCAUGGCGCGGCGUGGACGGCGUCCUGCACGUCGAGGACCCGUACGGUGAGGAGAUGGAGCUACAUCUGUACGAGCGUCAAGACUUUGAGAUGUCUCGACGAUGGGGUGACGCUCUGGAACAGGCGUCGGAGCUCACCCACGCACACUUUUCCAACUUCGACGUUAAGGUCGAAGACUUGUCCCGUGGUAGCGUCUAUCGCGGCACACUCCAUGACUUCCGCAUGACACGUGAAAGUUCCAUCCGGAAAUCUGUGACACAAAUCACCAAGUUCACAAGCUGGAACUCGUUGCGGAAAUUUAUCCCAAAUCGGAUCUCAAGUCGCAUGAAAUACUCCCGAUCUUCUUCACCGAAUUGA